CGCCUUAAGUCAUUGGGAAUGAGUACAAAGUAAAAGGAAAACCCAGGAAACCUUACCUAUUUAAGAAGUGUAAGCGGACACAAGUGACGUUUUCGUUUUGAAUUAAAAAGUAAUAUGGUUGCUAUGUAUUAAGCGUGAUAAUGUAAGGUAUAUUUAACCAAGCGUUUCCAUACAAACAAGUAAUAUACUUUCUGUUUCUAUCUUCGUAUCUGUGUUAGCCCUCUGGACUUAUGCAGUGAGUCGGCCUUUAAUGCGAUAAGAAAAGUGUCUCGCCUAAAUUUGGACCAUGGAAAAACCCGAGUAAUUUUCUGUGCGUGGUUUGGAGGUAACUUAAGCAGUCCAAAGUUUGGAGAAACAUUGUUCUCCGUGGAAAUGCGUCCAAAGUCCACAACUGACAGGUGCAUGCGGGACCACGAAAACGAUGUGUACAUGCUUUAUGACAGCGACGACCGUUCCAAAGUCGUGCCGUUCAAAAACUACUUGAAGCGGUUUUACACCUUGUUUGAUCCGCUUACAGAUGGGCCUCCAAAUGAGCCUGAGCUUAAGACGUGGUUGGAAAGAGGAAUCUACAAAUCAAAGUUGACGGUUGUUUUCUUGACGAAGAAAUCGAAAACUAAUUCUGAAUGUGAAUUCCAGCUUGCAAACGCUGUCAAAAGAUACACAGAAACCAAAAGCCAGCAUAGAAUCGUUGUCGUCAUGGUUGAACGAUGUAAAGUUCCGAAAAAUCUUAAACAAUUCCUGACAGUUUAUGCAUUCAAGGCCAAUGAUGAGCCCACAAUGUGUAACAUACGGAAAGCAAUUGAAGCACCGAAGGAACAAUAUGUAAUUGGCGACAAGACAUGGACGAAUCAUCAGAACACCCUCAAGACCGUGAUCGGUUCACCUAAGCUAGAUCCGCGGAUCCAACCGGAGAUAAAGAAAAAGACAAGAUUCAUGGAUAUAAUUUGGAAUGCACGGAAGGUGUACCGAAUUCAUCAGAAUUUCGAUUUCAGAUGCAAUAAACCAGGCUGCACAUUUCGAUGCCGAGGGGACAAUUUUAAAGAGGCUCAUGCGCACAUUGAGUCAUGUAAGUACGAGUGGGUACAAUGUAGAUACUGUCAGCAGAACGUGUCGCGAAAAAAUAUAGUAAAACACGAACAAAAGAAGUGUCGAUCGCGGAGAGUUAAAUGCACGUUCGACGGAUGUGAUUACAAUCCGUGUUAUGCUGAUCUGGAAUCCCAUAAACGGGCAUGCGUGUAUCAGUUGGAACAGUGUCCAAACAGCCGGUACGGAUGCCAAACCGUUUAUCUGAAGAAAGACACAAAGCAGCACAAAGGCGAGUGCCAGUACGAGAAGUGUGUGUGCCAUCAGUGCCAACAGGAGUUGUUUAAAGUUGAUGUGGACAAGCAUCACUGUCAAAACCAUGACAGGAGAAAUGACGUCCAUUCGUGUGAUAAUAAUGACUGCAUGUUUGAAGGAACUGUUGACGAACUGUUUAAGCACCACGUUUGCUGCGAAUUUCGAACCCAAAAAUGUAGAAACUGCUCCAGAAUGAUACCUAUAGAAAAUUUAGCAGAACAUACGACUGACUGCGAGAACCUUACGUCGUGUGACCAUUGCGGCCUUAUGAUUCCAAGGUCUUUACUAGACAGUCAUCAAAGAUUGUCGUGCAGUAAAUCUUCAAUGGUUACAGUUUGUGAUUCGUGUCAUUACGUCACUGAUGCUGUAACGAUCGAAACCCACAAGGACAAUCGCUGUACGACUUCCUUGAGCUGCCUAGGUGAUCACAACGACGCAGAUAAUUCUAACUGGGAGAAAUAUGCGACAAUGGAGAUCUAUAGUGCGGUGUCGAAGCCUGUACGAAUGGAAAGAACACAUAGAAAAGCAGGGCUAUCACUUCCUUACUGGUAUUCCCUCGGACGUGGUAGUCGUCGGUACAGUGACGUCACGUAUAGCAGCGACAGCAGUGAUUAUGUCAAUUUUGAAAAGCAUCAGAUCUCUGGAGCCAUGACAGCUGAGCGGCGUUACAUCUUCAACAACAUUGAAGAGUCUAUGAAAUUUCUUUCAACUGAUAGUGGCAUUUGUUCGUUCUCCUACUGGUACUCCCAUGAUCACCAAGACUGCGAACGAUACUUAACAUUCGAGUGAUGCAUCUUAAAUAAUUCGGAAAUCGUCGUUUCUUAUACAGUGCGACGAUCAAUUAAGAAGUAUCAGCAAGAAAAUGUGUUGCUUUUACGUUAUAAGAAUGAAAGUGCGACUCAACGCACGAGAACUAUUAACAGAUGACUAUAUUGACAUCACCAGCGUUUCUAACGUGGUACCAACAUGUUAUAAAUAUAUCGGUAAUCUUAUUGUGUUAAGAUAGAUUGUAGUUACAGACAGUUGUUACAAACAUUUGACAUUUUGAUAACAUAUACAGCUUUUUGUUGCAUGUACAUUUAUGUUUUGCGCGUUCAAGACAAUUAAGACAGUAUUCAUUUUUGAAAGGGAGAAUGCUAAAAUUGCUGAUGAGCAUUAAAAAUGGUUUCUGCGCUGAAUGAUAAUUGUGUCGACAUGAUGAUAGUGAUAUGCGCUGCAUAUCAGGACAAUAACAAUGAACUUUAAAACAGAACACUAACUUUUAACAUGAACAUUGAACCGUUACUUUUUUAAUCAGUUGUGCAUCUGUAUGAUUUCUUUUAUUCAUCUGAGCAUCGACACAGGGCAUACGACAGCCAAACAUAUAAUAUAUGCAAAACGGCCCGUAUUAUUCACGGCCAUUUUACACAUAUACAACUGGUUGUACGCCCGUGGAUUAUUUUAUUCCGUAUCCAUAUUACUUGUCUGCAUUCGAGUGCUGUCACCUGCCUCGUGGUUUUGACUGUUGCUUACGAUGCGUAUUUGUAUUUUACACUUGUUUAUGAAGUCAUCUUUAGAACUAUGUAAACAAUGCAUAUGUAUAUUAUAUAACUGCUGAGUAAUAUUGCCAUUAGUUACAUAUUAACUGUUAUUUUUCGAUAAAACUUAACUUGUCCAUGAGACGCCUUUUAAUUGUCAGCUAUUUUUCCCGGUGCUUUAUGGACGGAUGAUUAACCUGUUUAAACCAAUAAAAUCGUCAUCAUGUCUUAUUUUAGAUCAAUGGUAAUGUUUACAUGUCCUAGCAUUUGGCCCUUUGUACAUGUCGUUUAAACAGGCACAUCGACUCUGAUUAUUUCCUAUUUUGAAGCCAUUUUCUCAAGAACUAGUCGUUGUUUAGUGAGUGUUUUUAUUCUUGUCAGUUGGUCGCCCCGAUUUGGACACUGUAGGGCUGCCAUGACCAAUCGGCCAGCUCCAUUACCCGUUUUGGCCUUAAUGACCAUGUUUGACAACAUUUGCCCAUACGCUAGUAUAAAAUGACGACCAAUUUUUGGUCAUCAGCUCAGUUCCAUCCCGAAACUUAGAGGCACGUCUUUUAUAAAAUUAAAAGAAAAGGCUUUAUAUUCACUUAAAGAUAUUCGAUAUUAUUUGAAAUAGCUCAUUUAAUAUCAAACUUAAAUACUAAUCUGUGGCAUUUCAUAACGACAUUUUGAAGAAUUUAUUGUUAUUUUAUGUACCUAACAACUGCCUUUUGGAAUAUAUGUACAAUCACUACUAAUGAUUUUGGAGUUGCAUGGAGAAUUGUUAAUUUCGUAAAACGUGCGACAAUAAAUGUUAAUUACUUAUUUUAAA